ACUCAACCACCUCCCUCCCCUGUAUCUGCUCCACCUCCCAAACUGACCAAGUCCGCCAAGGCCACGCUCUCACCAUCCGUUUCCAUAAACGCCCCUCACCAUCCUCUCUCGACCCUUCACCAUCUCAAGCUCCCGAGAGGGUCAUUCAUGGGAAUUCACACCCCAUAAGCUCCAAUCUUCUUCCAGCAGAUGAUAGCCAGUUCUCUCCUAGCCAGUUCUCUGUUCACUCCCCCUCUCUCUCUUUCUCUCUCUCUCGCCCGUGAUAAGAUACUCUCUCCGUCUCUUGGAUACCUCACAAGUCACGGCCUUGAAUAUACCAGUCGCUUCGUCUCCGCCUAGGACGAGAACCCAGAAGAUCAAAAAUGGUUCUUGCGCUCCGUGGCCACUGAAAUUCAUGCCCAAGAUGGUGGAAGAAGAGGCGACCCACGAGGCGAAACCGCGGCAGAGCAGCCUCAGGCGCGCCGUCGAGCGCCUCUCCUCGCUGAUCUCCCUGUCCCACUCCGUCAAGGUGUUCGCCGUGAAAUGGCAGCUCAUCAGGAGCAGGCUCGAGGAACUGAGUUCCGGGCUGGCCUCCAUCGAGGGCGCCGGGUCGGCGCGGAACCCCGCGGUCUCGGGCCUGGUGCGCGCGCUGAUGGCCACGCUGGCCGAAAGCGGGGAUCUUGCCAAGAGGUGCGUCGAUCUUUCGUACAGCGGGAAGCUCCUGAUGCAGAGCGAUUUGGACAUAGUCUUGGCCAAGUUCGAUCGUUACGUCAAGAACCUUUCGGAGAUAUAUUCGACAGGUAUUUUGACUCCCGUGAACGCCAUUGUUGUGUCUAGGCCUGGUCUUGGUGCUAGUAAGCAGGACAUGAGGUUUUACGUUAGGGAUUUGUUGACAAGAAUGAAAAUUGGCGACACCGUGAUGAAGAAGCAGGCUUUGGGCAGUUUGUAUGAGGUGGUGAAUGAGGAUGACAAGUAUGUGAGGAUCGUUGUGGAGGUUGGCGGCGUUGUGAAUGCUUUGGUGGGUUUUCUUGAUUUCUCGGAGGUGGCGGAGAUUCAAGAAGAGGCCGUGAAGGCGGUGUCGGCGAUCCUCAGGUUCGAUUGGUGUAAGGGGGUGUUGGUUGGUGCAGGGAUAAUUUGGCCGCUGAUUAGGGUUUUGGAGUGUGGGAGCGAAAAUAGCAAGGAAGGGUCGGCGAGAUGUUUAAUGAAAUUGACGGAAAAUGCGGAUAACGCGUGGUCCGUGUGCGCUCACGGCGGAGUCACGGCUCUGUUCAAAGUUUGUGUUAAUGGCAAUUCGAAAGCAGAGUUGAUUUGUCUUGCUUGUGGGGUGUUGAGAAAUCUUGUUCCUGUCGAGGAAAUUAAGAGGUUCAUGGUUGAAGAAGGUGCGGUUUUGACAUUCAUCAAGCUUUCCCAAUCGAAGGUUGACAAUGUGCAGAUUAGUUCGAUUGAGUUCCUUCAGAGCAUAGCGUCUGAAGAUGAUUUGAUCAGGCAAAUGGUCAUAAGGGAAGGAGGAAUUCGUGUGCUAGUACGCAUUUUGGAUCCUACACUGCGGAUAUCAUCCAAAACCAGAGAGUUAUCUCUUCACGCCAUCGAGAAGUUAUGCUUCUCCUUGCCAAGUUGUAUCAACAUGUUGGUGAGUUAUGGAUUCAUUGAGCUUUUGCUUAAUUUCCUUCGCAACGGUGAGGUUUCAGUCCAAGAAUUAGCUCUGAAAGUGGCAGCCAAGCUAUGUUCCACUUCAGAGGAGGCGAAAAGGGCACUGGGGGAUGCAGGGUUCUUGCCCGAGUUUGUUAGAUUUCUCGAUGCAAAAUCAUUUGAAGUUCGCGAGACGGCGGCGGAAGCACUCUCGGCAAUGGUUCUAGUCCCAAAAAACCAGAAGAGGUUCCUGCAGGAGGACCGCAACGUUGGAUUACUGAUGCGUCUCCUCGAGCCAGAGGAGGUAAAUUCCACUUACAAGAAGUUCUUGCUUUCCACAUUGAUGGCGAUAACGAGUUGCCACGGCGGGAGGAAAAAGAUUGUGAAUUCUGGGCAUCUGAAAACCUUGGAAAAGCUCGCGGAAGCCGAAGUUUCGGAUGCCAAACGGCUCGUCAGGAAGCUAUCCACUAACAGAUUCCGCAGUAUGCUGAGUGGAAUUUGGCAUUCUUAAAAAAGUGCCCUUCUAUUUUUUAAAUCAAAUUUACUGUACAUGUACAUCUAAAGUGUUUCCCAGGCAGGUCUUCUUUAACUUGUUUUGCAACAAUGUCUCUUCCUCUUUGGUUUUUCCCCUUUUCCCAUUUUGCAGAAAGAGAUUUUAGAAUAGCUUUUUUUGUUGGUUUAGAUUGUAAUCAAUCGAUAGUACAUGCCCAGUAAUAAAGCUGCUUUAUUGAAUAUUGCUUCCAA